UUCCUACCUCUUUUGAGUGCUGGGAUUGCAGGUGUGUACUCCUUUAUAGCUGCAUUUACAAUAUAAAUUUGUUUCAGAUUUGAUAACUCCAUUUCAAUAAUCCUAGGUUGUUUUGUUUCCUAAACCACUGAAAUUCUGAAGCACUUAUUUCUUCUAUGGUUUCAAGUAAACCUAGAAAUAAGUAACAUACAUUUAACACAAACAAUAACUCUUAAUUGGUAGUGAUAAAUUAUUUGCAAAGCUGAGUCCCUUGUCAUUUGCUCUGCUUGACCUCUUCAUUAAGUGAAUUGAAAAUAAAUCAGUUGUAAGAAUGAUGGGAAAGGGCAGGCUGUAGGGGCCAUAGUACCAUAUUUAGGCUUUUAUAGCAAAUCUGAGUAGGAGCCUCAUUAAGAAAUCAGUUUCUGAGAGAGAAUCCUAUGUAAAUCUUGCUGGCAUCUUUAUUUGAAGUGAAAUAAAAAGGAAAGUAGUGUGUAGGUCCUGAACAUAUUUUAAAUGAGCAGGAUAAAACUUGCCUUAUACAUCCUGCUGUCUGUUUUUAUGUGGUGGAAUCUGUUGUUUCUCUAAGCAGCUCACCGCAUCUCAGAAUUUGGUCUUCCUUACCUCUCAGCAUCAUCUGAGCAGUAUAGUACAGAUCUCAUUACUCUGACAGAAAUCUGAUAUUCCCCCCUCAAAAAAAAAAAAAAAAAACCCUUCAAUUUUAGUUUUGCAUUACUGGGGAUAGAAUACUGGGCCUUGCAACCUAGCAGUGAGCUACAUCCCCAGGUUGAAAAAAGUACUUUGAAAAAAUAUGUUAUGGAGUCUUACAGAUCUCCUUUGAAUGAUGAUAUGAUGUGUGUGGGUGGGUGGUAGGUGGAUGGUGGCGGGCGGAGGCAGCAGCAGCAGUAGUGUUAGUUGAUAAAAGUCAAGGUAUGGCCGUUUAUUUCAGGCUGCCCUUGAAUUCUUGAUCUUUGGCCCAAGUGCUGGGACACUUUAGUUAUUGGUGGUCUUACAUAUUUUUUAAAACAGGGUAUCAUGUAGUCCAUGGUGGUCUCAAUUUCUUUGUAGUUGAAGAGGACCUCACUUAUCCUUCUGACUUCACUGCUCCAAUGCUGGGAGUGAACCAUUAUUUUUGUGUCCAGUGCAUACAUGUUCAAUUCAAAAUGUUUUUCAGGAUGUUUAAAGCAAGCGUUUUGGCACACAAAUUACAUAUGAAUGAAGAUACUGUCAGUGUUGUUCUUUCUGGACAGUGUUUUAAUGUGAUAAAACUUUUUUUUAAUAAAGGAUAUAGCUAUUUACUUCAAAUUUCUAAUGGACUUUGUCUCUGAUGUGAGAAAAUAGUCUUAGAAAUGCCAUUGUGGAUUAAACCAUGGUCAUAAUUCAUUUAGUUUUAUAAUCUGUGAUGUAAAAUAAAUGCUGAUACCUCUAAUUUAAUAUAGAAGAUAUGAACCACAUAGAGGAUAAUAUAACAAACUAACCAGUAAAUGUGUCAUUUAGUAUGAACAAACUUUAUAUUUUGCUAUUUCCUUGAACUUUUGUCCUUUCUGAAACUCAUUCCCUGUUUUCUUUAGUUGAUACCACUAUAAGAAUUUCUUCUCAUUGUUUCAGCACUCUACCUAGUAUCAGAUGUGAAUCAUACUGCUGUUUUUUUUGGAAAGGAAAAGAUGAAAUGCAUAGUCACUUUUUUCUUUUCUUUUUGUUUUUGUUUUUGUUUUAUUUUUUUGAAUAAAUCCUAGUGUAUCAUAAGGGGAAGUAGCAUAUCCCCAAUUUAUUAGUAUUUUCUCCCUUAAGAUUUCUUAAGAUGCCCCUCUGUGUAGAUACAUUUGCUAAGCAUACAAUAUGUCAAAAAUAAGGUUAAUUAAUAUUUGCCUUUGUUAAAUGUGUUUUUGUUUGGUAAUUUAAAAUGUUUUUGAGUACCUGUUUUAUAUUAUGUGUACUAAUAUAUAAAUCAUAUUUCAGAUAGAUUCAUUAGAGAAUGUGUUUUUGUCUUCAUGUUUAAAGUGAGCUGUUAUCAUGUGUUACUGAUAGAAAAAUACACUACGAAAAUCCAAAUCCUUAGUUUCAAAGAAAUGAAAUUUCUCCACUUCUAAAUCCUGUUCCAUUCUCCAUUCUCUCUGUUACUGUUUUUCACUGAUUAUAUAAAAUUGUACAGGUUUGUAGACUGGAGAUGGGAGUAAGAGUUUAAAUAAAAGUUGAGGAACUUAAAGGAGAAAUACACUUUCCUCCACAGAUUGGACUAUAUAAUUUUAAAAUAAAAACCCUUAAGGAUAGUAGGAGAACUGAGUUACUUUUAGUCUUUUAUCUGUACUUCACAUCAUGUAUAAUUACUGGCUAGUACAUUAUGUUUCUUGUUACUUUAAAAAUGAAAGAUUUUUUUUGGUCUGAUUUAACUUCCUACCCCAUUCUGAAAAUUUCUUUUGCUCAAUUUUUUGAGUUAAAUGAAACACAGGGAAGAGGUGAACUUAAAAACAGAUCUGUUUUAUCAGUAGAAUGUGCACAUAGUGUAACCAAUUGAAAUUAGAUGUUUAUUCCUAUACUGAAUAGUCUGGGAGAACAGUAAAUGUGUACACAUUUUGUAUUCUGUAACCUUUGUCUUCUUUUCCCAUCUUUCCCUCCUCUUCUCUUUUUUUUUCCCCCUCUCUCCACCCUCUUGUCUUUGUUCUUUUCCUUUCUCUUCUGCAGAUACAGGCAUUUGUAAAUGCUGGAAUGAAUGAACUACUACUUUCUAGAUUGUUCAAGUCUGGGUUAGGAUAUCUGCUAUAGGCUCUUGAAAUGUGUAUGUACGAUAAUGAAUAAUUCUCUAGGCUUGAGAAUUUAAAGGUUAAAAAUCUGUAAGAGCCUGAUUUUAGAGUUCACCAGCUCCUCAGAAGUUUGGCGAAAUAUGAAUUAUUAAGCCUACGUUCAGAUCAAGUUAGCAGCUAGACUGGUGUGACAACCUGUUUUUAAUCAGUGACUCAAAGCUGUUAUCACCCUGAUGUCACCGAAUGGCCACAGCUUGUAAAAGAUCAUCAGGAGAAUCCCAGUCUGAGGACAUUGAAGCUAGCCGAAUGAAGCGAGCAGCUGCAAAGCAUCUAAUAGAGCGCUACUACCAUCAGUUAACUGAGGGCUGUGGAAAUGAGGCCUGCACGAAUGAGUUCUGUGCUUCCUGUCCAACUUUUCUUCGUAUGGAUAACAAUGCAGCAGCUAUUAAAGCUCUUGAGCUUUAUAAAAUUAAUGCAAAACUCUGUGAUCCUCAUCCCUCCAAGAAAGGAGCAAGCUCAGCUUACCUUGAGAACUCAAAAGGUGCAUCUAACAACUCAGAGAUAAAAAUGAACAAGAAGGAAGAGUUUAAAGAGGUGGACUACCUAACUGAAGAGAAAGUAUAUGAAAUUUAUGAAUUUUGUAGGGAGAGAGAGGAUUACUCCCCUUUAAUUCGUGUAAUUGGAAGAAUAUUUUCUAGUGCUGAGGCACUGGUUCAGAGCUUUCGGAAAGUCAAACAGCACACUAAGGAGGAAUUGAAAUCUCUUCAAGAGAAGGAUGAAGACAAGGAUGAAGAUGAAAAGGAAAAAGCUGCGUGUUCUGCUGCUGCUAUGGAAGAAGACUCAGAAGCAUCUUCUUCAAGGAUGGGUGAUAGCUCACAGGGAGACAACAAUGUACAAAAAUUAGGUCCUGAUGAUGUGACUGUGGAUAUUGAUGCUAUAAGAAGGGUCUACAGCAGUUUGCUCUCUGAUGAAAAAAUAGAAACUGCCUUCCUGAAUGCACUUGUAUAUCUGUCACCUAACGUGGAAUGUGAUUUGACAUAUCAUAAUGUGUACACUCGAGACCCUAAUUAUCUCAAUUUGUUCAUUAUUGUAAUGGAAAAUAGGAAUCUCCACAGUCCUGAAUAUCUGGAAAUGGCAUUGCCGUUAUUUUGCAAAGCUAUGAGUAAGCUACCCCUUGCAGCUCAAGGAAAACUGAUUAGGCUGUGGUCUAAAUACAGUGCUGACCAGAUUCGGAGAAUGAUGGAAACAUUUCAGCAACUUAUUACCUACAAAGUCAUAAGCAAUGAAUUUAAUAGCCGAAAUCUAGUGAAUGAUGAUGAUGCCAUUGUUGCUGCUUCAAAGUGUUUGAAAAUGGUUUACUAUGCAAAUGUAGUGGGAGGGGACGUGGACACAAAUCAUAAUGAGGAAGAUGAUGAAGAGCCUAUACCUGAGUCCAGUGAAUUGACACUUCAGGAGCUUCUGGGAGAGGAAAGAAGAAAUAAGAAAGGUCCUCGAGUGGAUCCACUAGAAACCGAAAUUGGCGUUAAAACUCUAGAUUGUCGAAAACCACUUAUCUCCUUUGAAGAAUUCAUUAAUGAACCACUGAAUGAUGUUCUAGAAAUGGACAAAGAUUAUACUUUUUUCAAAGUUGAAACAGAGAACAAAUUCUCUUUUAUGACAUGUCCCUUUAUAUUGAAUGCUGUCACAAAGAAUCUGGGAUUGUAUUAUGACAAUAGAAUUCGCAUGUACAGUGAAAGAAGAAUCACUGUUCUUUACAGCCUAGUUCAAGGACAGCAGUUGAAUCCAUAUUUGAGACUUAAAGUCAGACGUGACCAUAUUAUAGAUGAUGCACUUGUCCGGCUAGAGAUGAUCGCUAUGGAAAAUCCUGCAGACUUGAAGAAACAGUUGUAUGUGGAAUUUGAAGGAGAACAAGGAGUAGAUGAGGGAGGCGUUUCCAAAGAGUUUUUUCAGUUGGUUGUGGAGGAAAUCUUUAAUCCAGAUAUUGGUAUGUUCACAUACGAUGAAGCUACAAGAUUAUUUUGGUUUAAUCCAUCUUCUUUUGAAACUGAGGGUCAAUUUACUCUGAUUGGCAUAGUCCUGGGUCUGGCUAUUUACAAUAACUGUAUACUGGAUGUCCAUUUUCCCAUGGUUGUGUACAGGAAGCUAAUGGGGAAAAAAGGAACGUUUUGUGACUUGGGAGACUCUCACCCAAUCUUAUAUCAGAGUUUAAAGGAUUUAUUGGAAUAUGAAGGGAAUGUGGAAGAUGAUAUGAUGAUCACUUUCCAGAUAUCACAGACAGAUCUUUUUGGUAACCCAAUGAUGUAUGAUCUAAAAGAAAAUGGUGAUAAAAUUCCAAUUACAAAUGAAAACAGGAAGGAAUUUGUCAGUCUCUAUUCAGACUACAUUCUCAAUAAAUCUGUAGAAAAACAAUUCAAGGCAUUUCGCAGAGGUUUUCAUAUGGUGACUAAUGAAUCACCCUUAAAAUACUUAUUCAGACCAGAAGAAAUUGAAUUACUUAUAUGUGGAAGCCGGAAUCUCGAUUUCCAGGCACUAGAAGAAACUACAGAGUAUGAUGGUGGCUAUACGAGAGAAUCUGUUGUGAUUAGGGAGUUCUGGGAAAUUGUUCAUUCGUUUACAGAUGAACAGAAAAGACUUUUCCUGCAGUUUACAACAGGCACAGACAGAGCACCUGUUGGAGGACUCGGAAAAUUGAAGAUGAUUAUAGCCAAAAAUGGCCCAGACACAGAAAGGUUACCUACAUCUCAUACUUGCUUUAAUGUCCUUUUACUUCCGGAAUAUUCAAGCAAAGAAAAACUUAAAGAGAGAUUGCUGAAGGCCAUCACAUAUGCCAAAGGAUUUGGCAUGCUGUAAACAAAACAAAAACAAAAAGAAAAAAAGAAAAAAGUCAAAAAACUUAAUAAAUAUAAGAGGGAUAAUUUGAUGGUAAUAGUGUCCCAGUUCAAAAAGGCUGUAAGAUAGUGAACCACAGUACUCAUCUAUGUCUGUGCCUCCCUUCUUCAUUGGGGACAUUGUGGGCUGGAACAGCAGAUUUCAGCUGCAUAUAUGAACAAAUCCUUUAUUAUUAUUAUAAUUAUUUUUUUGCGUGAAAGUGUUACAUAUUCUUUCACUUGUAUGUACAGAGAGGUUUUUCUGAAUAUUUAUUUUAAGGGUUAAAUCACUUUUGCUUGUGUUUAUUACUGCUUGAGGUUGAGCCUUUUUGAGUAUUUAAAAUAUAUAUACCAACGAAACUAUUCUCGCAAGGAAAACAUUGCCACCAUUUGUAGACCAUGUAAUCUUCAAGUAUGUGGGUUUUUUUUUUGUUUGUUUGUUUGUUUUUUUUUUUUUUUUUUUUUUUUUUUUUUUUUUUUUUUUUUUUUGUCCCUGUAUCUAAGUCAAAUCAGGAACUUUUUUUUAACCAUUUGCUUUUGAAACUUGAAGUUAAGGAAACAGUGUGGUGCAAGUACUGCUGUUCUAGCCCCCAAGGAGUUUUCUGUACAAAAUUUUGAGAAUCAAUAAAGAUGGAAGGGAGAAUUUGGAAUGUUUGAACCACAGCCCUCAGAACUUUAGUAACAGCACAACAAAUUAAAACAACUCAUGCCACAGUACGUUGUCUUCAUGUGUCUUGCAAUGAACUGUUUCAGUAGCCAAUCCUUUUAGUAUAUGAAAGGACAGGGAUCUUUUUUAUUGUUGUUGUUGUUGUUGUUGUUGUUGUUGUUGUUUUUGUUGUUUAAGUUUACUGGGGAAAGUGCAUCUGGCCAAAUGAUAGGAUAGUCAAGCCUAUUGCAACAAAAUUAGAAAGUUUGUUGUAUAAAUAAGCAUGUAAAAGUGCACUUAAAAUGAAUCUUUAUUAUUCCCGAGAUUUUAAAUAGACAAUCCAAAGUCUCCCCUUCUCUUGCCAUCAUCUUGUUUAAUCAACUAUUUUUCAAGGCACUCGAUCAGUGUUGCAGCAUAAUAGAAAGUCCAGCUACUGUGCCUUGUGUUAUUUAUUUACACAGUAAACAGGCCUGGAAAUGAAUGGAACUAGUACUCCUGAGAAUUAAAUUGUAUAUCCUCCAAAUUAAAAUUUACUUCAAAAGUGUUAAAGAAUUCAUGUCCUAUAUAUAAAAUACAAAUAGGCUUAGAUUGCUGGACAUUUAAUGUAGUUUCCCAUCCCUAGUCUUUUAUGUUUGUGAUGUUAAUUUCUUUUGUUGCAUAACAAAAUAAAAGAAUUAUGUAUUUUUAACUAAGGAGAGACAUACUGGUAUAUCAUUUUACUACAAGCUACAGAUAUCCUGUUGAGCUUGUGCCUUGAUUGUUUUCACAACUAGUACAAAUCAACCUGAUGUUUUAAAUUGGCAGGGAAUAAUUAAUUGUAGCUUUCAAAUCAUUGGAAGGGGAAAAGGAUGUCUUUUAGGAUUAUUUUCCUUCUUGUAGUAGUUGAGGCAGAGCUAUUAUUUACUGUAAUGCUAAAUGAAACAGUGGCUUAAAUACUUUAAUGGGAAAAAAGAACACAGUGCGUUCCAUAUUGUGAUAAGGUAAUGUGAGGUUUUUCCUUUUUUUUCUGAGCUAGCCUUUAGAACACUGUUGUGGUAUGUAUGCUACCUUGAUUAUAGGACCCCCUAAAUGUGACUAUAGUCAUCAUAAUGGGCAUCUAGUCCACUGUGCUUCUUAUGUAUUAUGAAAGUGAUAAGAAGACAAAUUAAGUGGGUAUAUUUUAUAAAAUAAAUUCAUGAAGAGAUUUGUGUUCUUCAGUUCUCAAGUUUAUUAUCACUACAGUAUUGAAGUAGUUGUGAUACUAUAUCUGUGUGAAAGUUUUGAAAUGGUAAUAUAGAUUAUCAAACAGAAGUAACAUCAGUAUAUUUAAAAGAAAGUGAAAACAAAUAAACCUAAAAUGUUUUCAGAGGUAAAAAUACAUUCUCACUUGCUUCCUAGUCAGUUUUUCUUGGCAUGUUGCCACAUUAUUAUGGCUGCCUUUUCAUCAUUGCUUUUCUAGAUUGUCAUGGAACAAUAUUUCCGAGUUAAAAAAAUACCUCUUGCUAUAGUAGAACAUUUCAAAAUUACAGCAUAAAAGCACAGUCUGGAGCAAAAUUUUUCUGGAGACUUGGCAGCUGCAGCAAACAAAUUGAGUGUCUGUACAUAUUGUGGUCUAUAAGUUAAUUGUGUGAUCAAAUUCAUUUGUAAUAACCUUACCUUUAUUUGGAAGUACAUCCCUGUGUAGGAACGUAUAUAUCAAAAGAAACCUAUAAAUGAGGGUUCAGAGAACCGGUUCAUAUUGACAUGUGGCACAUGCAUCACUGGGCAGCAUCACUCCCUGUUUCCAUAAGGUGGCUAUGCUGAAAUCAACCUCUUAAAGAAUUAUUUUCUCAAGAAUCCAUAUAACCUAGAAAAAGAAGUGUUUUACUGAGGCUACUCUUUCUGAUGUUCAUCCUUUAACUUCUUAUCCCAAGACUUAUUUUUAUCCUUUCUACCCUUCCCAGGCCCCCCAGAAUUAAAUAAUUGAUGAUGAUGAUGAUGAUGAUGAUGAUGAUGAUGAUAGUAACUUCCAUUUUCUUAUCUUUUCUUCUCUUACUCAAUGUCAGAGUGUAAAACAAUCCCUGGUGUUUGGUGGGGAAAAUAUUUACACAAUACAGACAAAGGCCUUUUUUUUUCUCUUCCCCUUUCAAAUCAGAAAAUUGACUUUAAUAACAGUUACAAGAAGGUUUGGGUGUAUGUAUGUACUGCAUUUCACUAUGUAAAGGCUGCUAAUCCAGGGAUAUUUCACUGAAAAUAUACUUGGAAUGAUACUAAUAGUUUCCAUUUGCCAGAAUAAAGAACUCUUGUUUUUAACCCUUGAUAGGUUGAGGUAAAGCUUCCUGAAAGGCUCACUUUUCCAUCCCAACUCAUAGACUCCUUGUGUGGAUAUUCUGCUGAUUAUACUUAGAAUUAAUUCCUCUGAACUUUCUGUUCAACCUCAGUAAUUCCCAAAGAUUUUUCUCUCGUUUCAUAUCUUGUGGGUCUCAUAUCUCAUAUCAAAUCAGACCCGCAUUUCUAGUACAUCAUCCUGGUACCUCAAAGUAAGUAUAGUACAAAACAGUACCUAUAAAAACAAAAUUCUUAAUCUUGUAUCUCCUAGCCAUUUUUUGUUACUACCUUUAAAACUGUCAAUUUUGAGGCCUGGUGAGGUGGCUUAGUGGGUAAAGGUGAUCACUAUACAAAACUUGACCUGAAUACUCUGCCAAGACCCUACAUAAACAUAGAAGGAAAGAACUCCACAAAGUUGUCCUCUGACCUUUCUACAUGUACCAUGUCUUUUGCUGUUCCCUACCCUCUCACAGUUUAUGCAUAUAUAGGUUGUCAGUUAUUUUCUCUCAAACCUAUUUAAUUUUACUUUAUUUCAGGGCCAAAUCCUUUGAUUUACUCAGGUUAUUUUCCUAACUGAACUACUACUACUAAUUCUUUUCAUUUUUGUUUUCUGGUAUGUAUGGGUACUUUUCCUUCAAAUAAAUUGUACAGAUGGAUUUCAGCAUACUUUCCUAGUGCCUCCUGUUCACCAGCAUCCCUUUACAUCCCUACUCAAAAUUCCUUUACUUAGAUUUUCUUUAUACAACACACAUAUUCUUUCAGUUGGACUUUUGAAAGUACCAUGCUCAAAAAGACUUCUCUCCUUAGUGUAAUAGCAGCCUGCAUAUCCCUAGUGAAUCACAUUUAUGGAACAGUUGAGGAGGCCUUCAGAAGUGUGUGUCCUUCCUUUUUUUCUGUGUGUUUUAGCUUUGAUAUUGUCCCAUUAUUGUUUUGCUUAAAGCAUCUUCUUUUAUGGAAUCUGAGUAAAUUCAUAGUGGAAAUUACCUUGUACUGAUCCCUGUGUCUCUUAGGUAGUAGGCAGAUACUCAUUAAUCAAGAAAUAUACACAUGUUUCUUGAAUAGAUUUUCUGGAAUCACGGUAUCAGCUCCUGGAAAAAGGAGUCAGUGAGUUGGAAAAGAUGAGAUCAUUGAAAGCAAGACAGUUUUUUAACUCUACAUCUUGACUUCUGGUGUACUCUGGCAAUCUAGACCACCUUCCUUAUGUCACUCACACUCUCUUUUAUCCCAGCAGACACGGCAACUGAUACCUUAAGUCUUUCUGCUGUUGCUAACUAGCCCCUCAAAUUCUCAUGGAGGAAUCAUCUAGACUCUGUUCUCUGUAAAUAUGUGAGUCAUAUUUAACAUUUUCUUGAACAGUAAAGUACAAAGUCCUGUAAAUUCUGACAAGAACUUUCAGUGACUGCCAAAUGCUUGUGCUCAUGAUCCUUCAUUUUCACAAAAUAGAUGAGUCACUGUGACUUGAGAGGUUAUAAACCUUACCAAAAGUCAUACAGACAAGAAAAGGGAUGACAAAUGCUAAGAGGGUGGGUCCACAUGACCAUCUAAAAUUUGUCAUCUUUCUUUUGCAAAAUCAAAGAACUAAAUUAAACAACAAAUUAAGAUGCUUAAGCUGACAUGCAUGGAACCUGGGAUCAUUAUCCUGAUUUUCGAUUACCCAAUUACACAUAGAAAAAAUGAUAGGGAAGGUAGCUGGAAUACAGUACACAUUGGUUGAGGUUGUAGCCUUCAGUCAAAUGACUCUGAAUCUUAGUAUUGGCCCUGCAAUUCCCUUGACUUGGAUUAUUCCCACUCCUACCUUAUCUCUGGUUAUGUGGCUUCAGUAGAAUUACCUUGCAGGUGGUAACUAACAUCUUGGAAAACAUCCUGAGAGCAGUUCUCCCAGCAUUUGCUUGUUAACUUGAGAGAGAGAGAGAGAGAGAGAGAGAGAGAGAGAGAGAGAGAGAGAGAGAGAGAGAGAGAGAGAGAGAAAAUGCCUGUAAUAAAGACUUAUUUUGGAAUAGUUGCCCUUAUAUCAUCCAAGUCGAAGAAUUGUGUUUUCCCACAUCUUUGAGAUAAAAUCCACAUAGUAUAAAAUUUACCAUUUUAAAGUGUAAAGUUUGUGGUUACAGUAUAUUCACAGAUUUGUGAAAUUGUCUUUAUAUAAUUCCAGAGCAUUUUCAUCGCUGUAAAAAGUUUUCUGUAUCCAUGAAGAGUGACUGCCUGUUCUUAACCCUCAACCCCUGGCAACUACUCAUCUUCGUAUGCUUAUGAAUUUGCCUAUUUUGGACAUCUCAUGUUAAUGGAGCCAUACAAUAUGUGGCCUUUUUGUCUGUUUUGCCACCUUCCCCAAAGUAAUGAGUUCAAACUACAUCUGUGUUGUAGCAUGUACUGGUACUGUUUCUUUUGUGGCUGAAUAUUGUCAUAUUGAUAUACUGUAUCUUUUUUUGCUUGUUCUUUUGGUUGUGGAUACUUGUGUUCUUUCUGCUUUGCAUACUAUGAAUACUACAACUAUGAACACUUUGUGUACAUGUUUUCAUUUCUCUUAUGUCUUAAGCAUCUUAUGGUUUUAGUUCGUAAAUUUCUGUCUUUGAUCCAUUUUUGCAUGUGGUGCAUUGUAGGGGUCCAGUUUCAUUCUUUAAUAUGUGGAUAUCUAGUAGAACAAUACCUAAUUGUUAAAAAUACUAAUAAUAAUUUCUUUAUAAAUGGGCUUGGUAUCCUUGUCAGAAACACAUAUAAAAGUGACUAAUAUAAAUAUGGCUAGUUUUGGACUCUUCAACUUUAUUCCAUUGUCCUGUGUGUCUCUCUUCUUGUGCCAGUACCAUACUGUCUUAAUUACUGUAGCUAUAUAGUAAGCUUUGAAUUUAGGAUAUAUUAGGUCUCUAGCUUUGUUCUACAUCAAGAUCAUUUUACCUAUUCUGAGUCCCUUGCAGUCCACUUGGAUUUUAGGAUUUAUUUAAUUUCUACAUAAAAAGCAUCUGUGAUUUUGAUAGUAUUUGUGUUGAAUCAAUACAUCAGAUUGAAGUAUGGUGGUAUUUUAACAGUAUUAAAUUUUCUAAUCCAUAAACAUGGAGUGUCUUUCCAUUUAUUUAGGUUUGUAAUUUCCUUUAAUGUUGUUCUUAUAGAUUUCAGUGUAUACAUCUUGGCUUUUUUGGGUUAAAUGUUUUUCACUUGAUGCUAUUAUAAAACAACUUUUUUUUAAAAAAAAUAUUUGUUUGGAUUACUCAUUGUACAUCUAGAAAGAAUUGAUAUUCGUGUAUUAACCUUACAUACCAUAGCUAUUCUGAACUGAUUUUGUUUUUAAAAUUUUUUAUAUAAGAUUGUGCAUCUGUGAAUAUAAAUACUUUUGUUUCCUCUCCAAUCUGAAUUAUUUUUAUUUGAUUUCCCUGCCUAAGUGCCCUGGCUAGCACAUCCAGUAUAUAGAAGUAAAUAGAAGUGGCAAGAGUGUACAACUUUUUCUUGUUUCUGAUUGUAGUGGGAAAGCUUUAGGCCUUUCACCAUUAAAUAUGUUGUUAGCUGUGGGAUUUUCAUAGAUACUGCAAGUUGAGAAAUAUUCCAUCUAUUCCUACCUUACUGAGUCUUUUUUUUUUUUUAAUCAAAAAAGGGUAUUGAAUUUUGUCAAAUGCUUCUGUAUCUAAAAAGGUUGUCAUGUAGUUUUUGUCCUUUAUUGAUAUGUUGUAUUACAUUGAUGGAAUUUUUGUAUUGAACGAACCUUGCAUUCCUGGAAUAACCCCACUUGUCUAUGCUACAUAAACCAUUUUCUAUGCUGCUGGA